AUGCGCAGUGGCAGAGAUAUGGCUACCGCGUCGAAUCAGCCCAUGUUCGGUCCCAUCGCCACUGCGAAUGUCCUGCCUCCUAUUCGUGGCAACGUUCAAUUGCCCCCGAUGGAGAGCGCUAUGGCGCCGCAAUACCGCCGACAGGAUAUGAUGGUGCAGCCCGAGCAGCAACCGCACAAGGAGGAGAAGGCUACUGGAGGUGUUGCCGCCUAUUUGGAUUAUGAGAUGGAUCAGAUGUCCGACUUCGUGGCUGAGAUGGCCCAGGGAAUGUAUGCUUUGUACAUCACCAAAAUCAACCUAGCAGAUAUUGACUUCGCGCGAAGCGUCUACCCAGGAACGUCGGUCCCCCCUCAAUUUCGGAAAUACGUCUUCCAAAUCCUGUCGUCGACUCGCCUCCCGAGCUCGACGAUCCUUUUGGGUCUUUACUACUUGGCCUGCCGGAUGCGCAUGCUGUCUUCCAAUAAGCUCUAUUCGACUGGCAGUGGGCAGGUCUACCGCAUGCUCACUGUCGCCCUCCUGCUGGGCAGCAAGUUCCUGGAUGACAACACCUUCCAGAACAAGUCGUGGGCGGAGGUCAGCAACAUCCCCGUGAGUGAGUUGAACUCUAUGGAGCUUAAAUGGCUCUUUGCCUUCGAGUGGAAGAUCCACGACCGCAUCUAUGACAAGCAGGAUGGUUUCUCGUCAUGGCGCUCUCACUGGGAAACCUGGCGUGCGAAGACAGUCGCCCGGGCUCAGGAAUCCCGCCACACCUUGGCUCCCAUUGAUACCAAUGUUACCAGAGGUUCGAGAAUCUCCAAGCCUAUGUUGUCCCCCGAAGGUCCUAUUCCUCCACAGUACCAGCGGAGCUCCAACUUCGAGAACUCUUGGUUGAACCCUGCAGCUUCGGAGUAUUCACCGCCAUCCGCCCCUCACAGUGGCCCCAACACACCUGAUUAUUACGCGGUUGGUCCAUGGGCGUACACGAACCCCCCUCCGCCAUAUUCUCGCACGUGGGUCCCGCCGCAACAAUUUAUCCCACAGGCACCUCGAUCGCAGCCGCCAUCGUAUCAUCACACUCCGGCGUACGCUUUGCCCUUCGCGCAGAGUGUGUGGACAGGGCAUGGCUCGUCCUGCGGGUGUUUGUAUUGUGCCAAGCAUAUGGAACACUAUAUGUGCGCUGGUGCUUUCGGCUCGAUGCAACCGAUUGUUGCUGGCUAG